AUGAACAACACGUACAAUGAAACUACGUUAGACGAUGUGGAUGGGAUUAGCGGAUUAUCUGUGGUUAAUACGUUCAUCGCUAUCAUCGGUAUAGUUGGACUAAUUGGUAAUUUUGCCGUCUGUUAUGUUUUCCUAAAAGUUAAACAUCUCCGAACGCUGACUAAUUACCUGAUUGUCCAUCAAGCUGUCAUUGACUUCAUGGCUUCCGUUAUUAUAGCUCUCAUUGUUCUUGGGCCUCAGUUUAAUUCUGUGGCCGAAACACCCUUGGGUAGAUUCGUCUGUCUCUUCUGGAAGUCCGCGUAUCCGCAGUGGGCUUUGUUUCUAACAUCUAGUUUGAACCUUGUGGUGAUUACCAUGGAGCGCUACUGUGCAAUUGUGUACCCGCUUCAUUAUUCGAGAUUGUUUACUGUUACCAAGGUGAAAAUCAUGCUGGUAAUGGUGUGGGUCAUUGGUUUCGCAUUUAAAAGUUUCCUUUUUUCGAUUCAGCACUACGAUCAUGGUCAGUGCUUGUUCCAAAAAACGUGGCCAUCUGUGGAAGUUGCGCGAGCUGUCGGAAUUCUUAACGUUUUAGUGCAUUACUUUACACCGCUGGCUGUAAUGGCGUUUGCUUACAUGCGCUGCAUCAUGGUUUUAAUGAAGAGCUCAGUAGCGGAUGUCCAGCCUAGCCAAAGCAGCAUGGCGAAUAAAUUAGAGCACACCAUGCAGAAAGUGAGGAAAAACGUCCUUAAAAUGUUAUUACUAGUAUUCGUAGCAUAUGCUGUGUGCUGGGGACCCAACCAAGUGAUGUUCGCGUUGUUCUGCGUUGGGGUAAAAAUUGAUUUUCUAAGGGGUUACUACCAAUUUACUUCUAUUCUUGGGUUGCUUAACUCAGCUAUAAAUCCGUUUAUUUACGCACUGAAGUACAAGCAAUUCCAGAACGGCAUCCGCAUCGUGUUUGGCUGUAAAAAAGCAGCAGCAAUUGGUGAUAUUAACUCAAUUCACAGCGUUGACAUGAGUAUAAAUAUUAGAACCAGGAAUACAACAGUGAAUUAG